AUGGCCAAGUUCGAGGAGCAUUAUGUCUCCACUGGCCCCGUCCUAGCAAAGACGGCUUUGGGACACGUGGAAGUGGUACGGUCACUGGACCCAGCGUGCAAUGAUGGAAGUCAAGGGCAAGACUAUGCAGUCAAGGUAGUCAAUAUUACAAGUAUACCGAACAGGUACAGAUCUGUCGUACGCAACGACUUCAUCAAGCUAUGCUCACUGUCACACAAGAACCUUGUGAAGUAUUACGAUGUUUAUUAUAAUGAUACGAAAAACCUUGGUCAUUUUGUAAUGGAGUAUUACGAAAGGUGCUGCCUAAUGGAUGUGAUCCUCUUUUACAGAAUGAAGGAGCGCGUGAUCCCUGAGGAAACGGUGUGGUAUAUUCUCUCUCACCUAGCAGAGGCUCUUCUUUAUUACCAUUCUCCACAGAAGGACAAUACCGACAUGGGUCCCCUAGUACACAGAAACAUUAAGCCAUCGAAGGUGUUUCUAGCAGCCGACGGAUACUGCAAACUCGCUGACUCCGGAACGUUUAGACUGCUGGACAAUGUAAUAUUGAGCUCUACCAUAUUCGGCACCCUGGGAUUUUGUCCCCCAGAGGUCCUCAAAAUGGAGAGAUACACAGAAGAAAGCGAUCUAUGGUCCCUAGGCGCUCUUGUGUAUUGUGUGUGUGCUCUUAAGCCGCCUGCAUACUCUGCAAACCCCGAGGAGCUACUGAAAAAGCUGCAAGGCUUUGAGGUAGACGUGAAUGAAUUAAGAGAGCGGGAGUAUAGCGAGGAGCUGAUCGGAACGCUACAGAGCAUGUUAAACUACGACCCUAAGCAACGGAUUGAUCUAUCUAAACUGAACGCGAUACCCCAAAUUGUCGACAAAAAGGGGCCAAUCAAGAGUUCCACGUGGGGACUAAACUUUUCAAGUAAGUGA